GGUUUCCAAACUGUAACAAUAAACAAAGGAAAUGAAUAGAAUACAGACAAGAAACACGAAAGAAUCGCUACCAACUGCUCUUCAAAGGGUCCUCCGCGAUAACUACAUACACACGAAUCCACAUUCUAAACACCUUAUAAUAAUAUAUAAUUUAGUUAUAUACUAUGCCUAUAAUUACUCACUAUGGGCGGAGAUACAUACAGAUCCAUUUAUAUCCAUCUUCCCCAUUUCUCUCACCCACAACACAGCGUUAUCCGUAGCCACUUUUUCGUGACAGAUAUUGGUGAGAGAGGGAAAGAUGAUAUGGCAAAGUCUCUUUCUUGGGGUUACGUUUCAGUUCAUUUUGGUAUUUGGUGCUUAUGAUCUUAAGAAUCUCAACAUAUGGCCAAUGCCUGAAUCAGUAGAAUAUGGCAACACAUCUCUUUUUUUAAGCAAGGACUUUCAUCUAAAGACUAAUGGAAGCAAAUAUGCUGAUGCAUCUGGGAUCUUGAAGGAUGGAUUCACUAGGUUACUUGAUGUUAUCACAUCAAACAAUGUUAUUGAAUUCAACUCUAAAGUCGAUGAUUCUCUCCUUUUACAGGGAAUGAACGUGGUUAUCCAUUCAGAAAGUGAUGAGCUGCAAUACGAUAUAGACGAGUCCUACACAUUGUUAAUUCAUGCAAAUGGAAACCAAAAUUAUGCAGAGAUUGAGGCAGCUACAGUUUAUGGAGCUCUACAUGCCCUGCAGACAUUCAGCCAAUUGUGCCAUUUUAACUUUAAAUCAAGAAAGCUUGUAGUUACUCAGAUACCAUGGACCAUUACUGAUCGACCCCGUUUCUCAUAUCGAGGCCUCUUAAUUGAUACAUCCAGACAUUAUCAGCCAUUACCAAUGAUUAAAAAAGUAAUUGAUUCUAUGGCUUAUGCAAAGCUGAAUGUUUUGCAUUGGCACAUUGUGGAUACACAGGCUUUUCCUUUGGAGAUACCUUCAUUUCCAAAGCUGUGGGAUGGUGCUUAUUCCUCAUCAGAACGCUAUACAAUGGCUGCUGCAGCUGAGAUUGUCAGUUAUGCUAAAAAAAGAGGGAUUAAUGUGCUUGCCGAGCUUGAUGUUCCUGGACAUGCUGUAUCCUGGGGAGUUGGUUAUCCUGAAUUAUGGCCAUCAAAGAAUUGUACAGAGCCACUUGAUGUGAGCAAUGAAUUCACAUUCAAAUUGAUAAAUGGAGUUCUUUCAGAUUUCAGCAAGAUUUUCACCUACAAAUUUGUUCAUUUGGGAGGCGAUGAAGUUGACACCAGUUGCUGGAGCUUCACUCCUCGUAUAAAAAAAUGGUUAGAAAAACAAGGAUUUAAUGAAUCCCAAGCAUACGAGUAUUUUGUCUUGAGAGCACAAAAGAUAGCUGUUUCUCAUGGUUAUGAAGUUAUAAACUGGGAGGAAACGUUCAACAGCUUUGGUAGUAAACUGGACAGAAAAACCGUUGUGCAUAACUGGCUUGGAAGUGGUGUUGCGGAGAGAGUGGUUAAAGCUGGAUUAAGAUGCAUUGUAAGCAACCAAGACAGCUGGUAUUUAGACCAUUUGGAUGCCACGUGGCAGCAGUUUUAUACAAAUGAGCCCCUUACAAAUAUUACAGAGCCUAAGCUACAAAAACUAGUCCUUGGUGGUGAAGUAUGCAUGUGGGGUGAACACAUUGAUGGGUCUGACAUUGAACAGACCAUUUGGCCACGUGCUGCUGCAGCUGCAGAGAGGUUGUGGACAAGAUUUGACAAGCUUGCAAAAAAACCGGAAGAUGUGAUGACAAGGUUAAUGCAUUUUAGGUGUUUGCUAAAUCAAAGAGGAGUAGCAGCAGCUCCAUUGGAUGGGCCGGGUCGGGUUGCACCAAUAGAACCCGGGUCGUGCUAUGUUCAGUAGUUGGGAUUAAUUAAGGUGGAUUUAUCAAUCAUCGUGACAAAAAGGAAAAAAUUAUAUGUCGAUUCUUUGGAUAAUUGAAAUGAAAAUUGUAAGUUAUGCUGAUGAUAAAAUCUGCCAGAGGGUGUGUAUUUAAUAUAUUAUCAUUAUGGGAAUGAAAUUUCAUUAUAUAUAAUGUGUUUAUUUGGAUUA